ACGUACCUUGAUAUGUCCAUGUGCACAAAAGGAAAUCUUAGUCUUAAGGAAGCGGCAGACCCACUGACUUGUCAACUGGCUCUGUGGUGUGGGCCCAUCCACACUGGGUCGAGUUUGUUUCUGGACUUAGUUCAAAGUGCUGCUGUUGACCUAUCUGGCUAAGGACCAGCGUACCUGAUGGACAACCUACUCCCUUACAAACCUACUCAUCUGCUACAGUCAUAUUCCAAGGCCUUCUGAGAUUAGUACUGAUCCAGCAAGAUGAUUUGGAUACUUCAGUUCUUGUUUUCACCACUUCCAACUCCAGCUUUGAUUGGUCUUGUUACUUUUGGAGCAAGUGUCUUCCUGUGGGCGAUAAGCAAACCGAAACCAGUAGCACCCCCUGUUCCCUUGAACAAGCAGUCUGUUGGCACAGAGGGAGGAGCUAGAAGGAGUGCACUUGCACCUGAAGGGAAGCUGCUUUCAUAUUACUAUGAGGAUGCAAAGACUCUGUAUGAAUGUUUCAAAAGAGGACGAUAUGCGUCGGAAAAUGGUCCUUGCUUAGGAUACAGAAAGCCAAAACAACCAUAUCAAUGGCUAUCUUACCAACAGGUUUUGGAUAGAGCUGAAUACCUGGGUUCAGGCCUCCUGCACAGAGGGCAUAAGCCAUCACCUGACCAAUUUAUUGGCAUCUUUGCUCAGAAUAGACCAGAGUGGAUAAUCUCUGAGCUUGCCUGCUACACUUAUUCGAUGGUUGUUGUUCCCCUCUAUGAUACACUGGGACCGGAGUCAAUUGUGUACAUUGUUAAUAAAGCUGAUAUCUCUACAGUCAUCUGUGACAAGGCUGACAAGGCCCAGGUGCUGCUUGAAAACUGUGAACAAGGGAAGACCCCAGGACUGAAGACCAUUGUUCUGAUGGAUCCUUUUGAUAACAAACUAAAGGAAAGGGGAGCUGCAAUAAGAGUUGAACUACUUUCAUUAAAAGAACUUGAGGCAUUGGGCAAAGACAACUUAAGAAGACCAGUUCCUCCCAAACCAGAGGACCUGAGUAUUGUCUGUUUCACCAGUGGAACCACUGGAAAUCCUAAAGGAGCCAUGCUAACACAUGAGAAUGUUGUUGCUGAUUCAGCAGCCUACCUAAAGAGCCUAGAGAUGACAACUCCUUGUCAAACAUCUGAUUGCUCUGUGUCGUACCUUCCUUUGGCUCACAUGUUUGAAAGAGUAGUGCAGACCGUAAUAUACAGCAGUGGAGCAAGAGUGGGGUUUUUCCAAGGAGAUAUUAGACUUCUGACAGAUGACAUGAAAACACUGAAGCCAACACUCUUUCCAGUAGUGCCAAGACUGCUCAACAGGAUCUAUGACAAGAUACAAAGUGGUGCUCAAACAACAUUCAAACGUCUUCUGCUAAAUAUCGCUGUGGCUAGGAAACACGCUGAAGUGAAGCAGGGCAUUCUUCGAAACACAAGUCUCUGGGACAAGCUAGUGUUCAAGAAAAUCCAAAACAUCAUGGGUGGGAAAUUGCGAAUAGUAGUAACUGGAGCUGCCCCAAUAUCUCCAUCUGUCAUGAAAUUUCUCAGGUCAGCUUUUGGAUGUCAGAUUUUUGAAGCAUAUGGUCAAACGGAAUGCACUGCUGGCUGUACUUUCUCAUUACCAGGAGACUGGACAACAGACCAUGUUGGGCCACCACUAGCCUGCAACCUCAUAAAACUUGAAGAUGUGGCUGAAAUGAACUACUUUGCAGCUAACCAUGAAGGGGAGGUUUGCAUCAAGGGGCCAAAUGUAAUGAAGGGUUACCUAAAGGAUCCAGAGAAAACAGCAGAAACCAUUGAUAAGGAUGGUUGGCUUCAUACUGGAGAUAUUGGGAAAUGGUUACCGAGUGGAGCCCUGAAGAUUAUUGACAGAAAAAAGAACAUCUUCAAACUUGCUCAAGGAGAGUACAUUGCACCAGAGAAGAUAGAAAACAUCUACAUAAGAAGUGCUGCUGUCGCACAGGUGUUUGUGCAUGGGGAAAGCUUACAGUCUUUCUUGGUUGGUGUGGUGGUUCCUGACCCAGAGACUCUUCCAGAGUUUGCAGCAAAGUCGGGAGUGAAUGGUUCAUAUGAAGAACUCUGUAAAAAUGAAGCAGUGAAAAAAGCUAUUGUGGAAGACAUAACCAAGUUGGGGAAAGAAGCUGGACUUAAGUCCUUUGAACAAGUAAAGGAUAUCUACCUUCAUCCAGAAAUGUUCACAGUUGAAAAUGGACUCUUGACUCCAACCCUAAAGGCCAAGAGAGCAGAGGUAUCAAAAUGCUUCAGGAGCCAAAUUGAUGCCCUUUACACUUCUAGUAUAUAAGAAGGCAAAGACUAACUUGGAAUAUAAGCUUACAAUGGACUACAACAGCACUCGCCAGGAAACUAAAGUCUUUAUUUCCUUUUAUCAUCUGGUGUCUUUAGAAGGCAUACCACAUAGAAACAAGUUGUGGUGAGUUGUAUAAAAUCAGCAAGGUGUUUAGGUGAAGACUACUGACUUGAGACAGUCAAAGCAAUUGGCGAAAGUGUCCUGUUUCCUCAACAAUUACUGUCGUGUCUUAGUGAUUAUAUGAUCCAAAUGGAAAAGCCUUGAUGGUAUACUGAGUAUGACUGUUCUUAUGAAUAAAACAGCUGAAUAGGAAAAUCUCUCUGGAAGAACUUUCUGUGGUGGGUGUACAGGUCAAAGUGAGGUAUUGGAGUGACUUGACUCUGUGGAAUACUGAAUGGCUCUACCAUACUGAGGGAUGGAAAUUUACUUAGUCAUGUCAUCUCUGGCUUUGUAUAAUAUGCUUGAAGGACAAAACCAUGCACCUUAAGGCUCUUAACUGUAAGUCUCUUACCUGUAAUAGCAGCCAUAAAUGUACCUACCUCUUCUAGUUUGAAAAUUUAUAUUUCUCCCAAAGCAUAAUAUAACUGUAUUCCCGCAAGAUGACGAAUAUGUGAAAAAUAAAAAAAUACU